CAUGUCUCGAAGUGAACCAGUCCGCAGGGACCACAGAGGACUCACGCCGAGCCGGCUCCGUCACUCUCCAGCCAUGGGAACUUUCUUACACCGCCUCCCGAUGCUGUUCCUCUUCUUAUCAUCCGCAUCAAAAGUUGUCGAUUCCAACAUCUGCACAUCACGAGGAGUCACCACUUGUCAACAGUGCCUGGCUGUUCACCCCAGCUGUGCGUGGUGCUCUCAGGAGGAGUUUGGGAAAGGGGGGUCCAGCGCGUCCCGCUGCGACCUGAAGGAAAAUCUGCUGAAUUUGGGGUGCAGUGAUGCGGCGGUGGAGUUUCCCUCCAGCACCCUGACUAUUGAUGAGGACGCACCGCUUAGUGAUAAGGCCUCUGGGACUGCUGACGAUGUCACUCAGAUAAAGCCUCAGAAACUCCAUAUGGUACUAAGACCAGGUGACUUCAAGCAGUUCACCGUGUCAGUGAAACAGGUAGAGGAUUACCCCGUGGACCUCUACUAUCUGAUGGAUCUUUCCUUUUCAAUGAAGGAUGACUUGGCUCGCCUUGUCACCUUGGGCAAUGAGCUCGCCGCGACCAUGGGCCGCACCACAAGCAAACUGCGCAUGGGGUUCGGAGCCUUCGUGGACAAGACCACGUCCCCUUACAUGUACACCUAUCCUCCGGAGGCAGUAGAAAACCCUUGCUUCGGAAUUCAUGAGAACUGCCAGGCUCAGUUUGGGUUCAAGCAUGUGUUGUCACUGACGGAGAAGGUGGCUCGCUUCAGUGAAGAGGUGGAGAAACAGCAGGUGUCUAGAAAUAGAGAUGCUCCAGAGGGUGGAUUUGACGCCAUCAUGCAGGCUGUGGUGUGCAAGGAUAAGAUUGGCUGGCGGCCGGAUGCCUCACACCUUUUGGUAUUCACCACCGAUGCCAAAACUCACAUCGCUCUGGAUGGACGUAUAGCUGGAAUCGUCCAGCCCAAUGAUGGACGGUGUCAUCUUGAUAAUGACAACAUUUACAACAAAACUACUGUGCUGGACUAUCCCUCCUUGGGGCUCAUGACGGAGAAAAUGUCGGAAAACAACAUAAAUUUAGUUUUUGCCGUCACCAGCUAUGUGUUGCCGCUCUACAAGGAGUACAGCCAGCUCAUCCCAGGCACAACUGUGGGAACGCUGUCCGAUGACUCUGGGAAUGUUAUUCAGCUCAUUGAGGAGGCUUAUGCGAAAAUCCGCUCUAAAGUGGAGCUGGAGCAAGUGGGAGUCCCGGAGGAGUUGCAUCUCUCCUUCAACGCCACCUGCCAAAAUGGAGAAGUCAUUCCUGGACUUAAGUCCUGCUCUGGCCUCAAGAUUGGAGACACAGUGUCAUUCAGCGUGGAGACUCAGUUGCGUGCCUGCCCCAAAGAGAAGAGCCACACUUUCACCAUCAAACCUCGAGGCUUCAGGGAUUCGCUGGAGGUCACGGUGGAUUUCGCCUGCGGCUGCGACUGUGAGGCGAAGGCCGAGGCCAACAGCUCCCUCUGCAGCAACGGCAACGGGACGUACGAGUGCGGCGUGUGUCAGUGUCACCAGGGUCGCCUGGGGCCGCGAUGCGAGUGUUCCGUGGAGGACUACAGUCCGUCUGACGAUGUCAACUGCAUCCCCAAGCCAGGGAGCCCGAUCUGCAGCGGGAGAGGCGACUGUUUGUGCGGACAGUGCUCCUGCCAUUCAAAUGAGUUCGGUCAGGUGUGGGGCAAAUACUGCGAAUGUGACGACUUCAACUGCUUGCGCUUCAAAGGGGCACUGUGUUCCGAUCACGGGAAGUGCAGCUGUGGGUUCUGCCAGUGCGAUGCUGGCUGGCAAGGAGAAAACUGUAACUGCUCCACGCGCACAGACACCUGCAUGUCCAGCAUCGGCCUGCUGUGCAGCGGCCGGGGAAACUGCGAGUGUGGGGUUUGUCAGUGCACUCAACCCGGUGCCUACGGAGCUACCUGCGAGAAGUGCCCCACCUGCCCUGAUUCCUGCACUAUUAAAAAGCAUUGCGUUGAGUGUCAGCACUUCAUGAGAGGACAGUACACCGAAGACAACAGCUGCAAUAGAAUCUGCAAAGAUGAAAUUAAAGUCGUGGAUGAACUGGUUUUCCACGAUAGCAAUGCAGUGAACUGCUCAUACAAAGAUGAGAAUGACUGUGUGGUGCACUUCCAGUAUUACGAAGAUGAAAGCGGCAAAUCCAUUCUGUUUGUGGUGAAAGAACCAGAGUGUCCUCAGGGUCCAGACAUCUUGGUGGUGCUCUUGGCGGUGGCCGGAGCCAUUCUGCUACUGGGCCUUGUUGGCCUGCUCAUCUGGAAGCUGCUGGUCACCAUCCACGACCGCAGAGAGUUCGCCAAGUUUGAGGAGGAGAGAGCAAAAGCCAAAUGGGAUACGGCUAACAAUCCUUUGUAUAAAGGAGCCACCUCCACCUUCACCAAUGUAGCAUACCGAGGCAACUAACGAACAAAUGCAAUGAGAAAAACUCAGGGGUCAGCGACAGAGAUGGAAUGUAGAAGCAGAGAAAUGAAUGAGAAGAGGAUCCUUCACACUGUCUAGUGACCGACCACUGUAGCUGAAAAGUAGUUAAUGCUGCCAACAACAUGAUGUAAGAAUUUUACAUAUUGUAAAAAUAACUGUUAAUGUAAGUCACAGACGGUUUUCUGCUAUUAGGCUUUCUGUUUUUACACUGUGUCGUGUCUAUAGAGUUCUACAGGUACAACGCCGAUUGCAAACAAGUUUGGACACUGUGUAAGACAUAAAUAAAACAACUUUUUGACAAACACUCAAUUGAAAACAAUACAAAGACAAUAUAUUUCAGGUUUUACCUCAUCAGCCUCAUUGAAAAUAUACAGUAUACUUAUUCUGAAUUUGAUGCAGCAACAUGUUUAAAACAAGUCGGGACAGGAGCAACAAAAGACUGGGAGAGUUGUGGAACGCUCCAGAACUACCUGUUUGGAACGUUCCACAGGUAAACAGGCUCACUAGUAACAGGUGAUCAUGAUCUGGUAUGAAAGGGGCAUCCUCGCAAAGGCUCAGCUGCUCACAAGCGAGGAUGGAGCGAGGUUGUGAACACAUGAUUGUAUCAAGGAUGUUACUAGAUGGGCUCAGGAACACUUUGUUGUAAACACAGCUGGUUCGCAAAUGAUUGCACUCUGUUUUAAUUUACAUUUAUGUUACGUUACGUCAUCAGCAUCUCAACUUAUUUGGAACUGGGGUUGUACUACACAUCACAUGCAGUCAGAUAGGAGUUCAUUAACAUUAACAGCUAUACUGUCAGUUUACAGUAAGUGGAACAGCUGCUGAAAGACUCUUCUACCAUCACAAUAUUUGUUGUUAGUGUCACUUUUUAGUUUUGCUCACAUUUUAAAAUAGAAUUAGGAAUCACCUCGACCUGAUUGUAAUAAGUCGGUAUAGAAAUGAUCAUUAAUAUAUGGUGUCUUCCACCGAGUAUGAUGUGUUAUUUACACUAAAGCCUUGUCUUUUGAAAGCUCUUUCAAAGUGCAGCUGCAGCCUCCCUUUUCACUCAACUGAAAAAAGCAGUUUCAAACAAAACGCAGCAAAGUUGAUCAGUAUGCAUAAAAUGUGUGCUAUAGAAUUUCAAUAAAUUAUUGAAGCAUGCUUGAAGGGUUUUCAUGUACAUAAACAAUUCCCUUUCUUCAAAUACAAACAUGUUUGUGGUAAUGAUUUUGACAUGAAUGCAGCACAAAUGAGUAAAAAAAAUAACUGAACUACAGCCUCUGGGCUGACUUUGUUUACAGUGAUGUUUGUGGUCUGUAUUGUUUUUUAAAUGUAUAUCAGCAACAGUAACUUCAUUCAUGCUUUGACAGAUUUCUUUCAUUUUGCAUUAUUACCUGUUUUUGAGUUUGUUUUAUUUGUAAAAAUGUAUGAAAAACUUGUGAACUGUCCUGCCACUGCUGAAUUGUUGGAUUAUUUCAAUUUUCUACUGACCUGCACUGUGUUACACUGAAAUGUAAGAUUCUUUAUUUGUGCAUAUGAGCAUGUGCAUAUAUUUAUUGCACAUCAAAUGAUAUUGGCCAUAAUGUCCUGUGAUGGGAAUAACAAACGCACUUGCUCUUGCUCUUUUGUAACGUCUAUAUGGGAGAAAUGAGUACAAUGUGAGGUGUACCGUGGUUUUACAGCUCAGAUCCUCUCUCAGGACACAGCCUGCAAGCUCAUUGCAUAGACGUCUGUUUUUCCGCACGGUUUUAAAGAUGCUUGGGGUUUCACUAUUGGUUGUUUCACAGAGGGAAUGCAUAAACACCUGACUUCACCAGCUUGUGUGUGAUGCUUGACAUUUGGGUUCUUUUAAAGCUGAUUUUAUUCUUUAUUAAGAUCAGACUUAAAAAAGCCUGAAAGACAAGAAAUUUGAGAUUCAUAUUCAGGAUCCAUAGAAAUAAGUCGUCUAAAAUUUCAGACAAAAGUUAUUUAACUCUUUCUGUAUUCACUCUGUGUGACGUUGGCUGGUGUUACAUUUUGGAUGAACAUAAAUAAAUAAUAAA